AUGGCCAGCCGGGCCGGUCGACGGGCGGGCGCUAGAAAAAAAAGAGGCCGCGCGCGGGCGGCUAGCGAGCUGCGCACGGGCAGCGUGAGAGAGAGAGAGAGAGAGAGAGAGAGAGAGAGAGAGAGAGAGAGAGAGAGAGAGAGAGAGAGAGAGAGAGAGAGAGAGAGAGAGGCGCACAAGGGCGCGACGGUGAGAGGGUGCUCGAGGGCGCUACUAGCGGAAGGUUCUAUACUCCAGUUCCCCUACUACUACUACUACUACUACUACUACUACUACUACUACUACUACUACUACUACUACUACUACUACUACUACUACUACUACUACUACUACUACUACUACUACUACUACUACUUCUACUACUACUACUACUACUACUACUACUACUACUACUACUACUACUACUACUACUACUACUACUACUACUACUAUUACUACUACUACUACUACUAG